GCGGCCCGGGCGGCGGCGGCGGCGGCGGCGGCGGCGGCCCGAGAAGCAGGCGCUCGAGAAGCAGGCGCCCGAGCAGCGCGAGCGACCGAGCGGGCGGCGGGGGCCGCGGGGAGAGCGGCGGCCCGGCCUCGGCACUCGGAGGGCGGCGGAGGUGCGCCCCGGAGCCAUGGUGAUCAUGUCGGAGUUGAGUGCGGCCCCCGCGGGCUCCGGCCAGAGCCAGCAGAAGCCCCUCCGGGUGGGCUUCUACGACGUCGAGAGGACCCUGGGCAAGGGCAAUUUCGCCGUAGUGAAGCUGGCCCGGCAUCGAGUCACCAAAACCCAGGUUGCAAUAAAAAUAAUCGAUAAAACUCGAUUAGACUCCAGUAAUUUGGAGAAAAUAUAUCGUGAGGUUCAGAUCAUGAAGCUUCUGAAUCAUCCUCACAUCAUAAAGCUUUAUCAGGUUAUGGAGACAAAGGAUAUGCUUUACAUUGUCACCGAAUUCGCGAAAAAUGGAGAGAUGUUUGAUUAUCUGACCUCCAACGGGCACCUCAGCGAGAACGAGGCACGGAAGAAAUUCUGGCAGAUUCUGUCCGCCGUGGAGUACUGCCACAGCCACCACAUCGUCCACCGGGACCUGAAGACCGAGAACCUGCUGCUGGAUGGCAGCAUGGACAUCAAGCUGGCAGAUUUUGGAUUUGGGAAUUUCUACAAGUCGGGAGAGCCCCUGUCCACGUGGUGUGGGAGCCCCCCGUACGCGGCCCCAGAAGUCUUUGAGGGGAAGGAGUACGAAGGCCCCCAGCUGGACAUCUGGAGCCUCGGCGUCGUGCUGUACGUGCUGGUGUGCGGGUCGCUCCCCUUCGACGGACCCAACCUGCCGGCGCUGCGGCAGCGGGUGCUGGAGGGCCGCUUCCGUAUCCCGUUCUUUAUGUCUCAAGACUGUGAGACGCUGAUCCGCCGCAUGCUGGUGGUGGACCCCAGCAAGCGCAUCACCAUCGCCCAGAUCCGGCAGCACAGGUGGAUGCAGGCCGAGCCCCCGGUGCCGCGGCAGGCCUGCACGGCCUUCUCUGCGCUCAGCUACAACGCCAGCCCGGGCCGCUACGACGAGCAGGUGUUGGGGAUCAUGCACACCCUGGGCAUCGACCGGCAGAGGACCGUGGAGUCGCUGCAGAACAGCAGCUACAACCACUUUGCUGCCAUUUAUUACCUCCUCCUCGAGCGGCUGAAGGAACAUCGGCACACACAGCCGUCGGCGCGGCCCGGCCUGGCCCGGCAGCAGAGGCCGCGCAGCUCGGAUCUCGGCGGCUUUGAGGUGCCUCAGGAAGGCCUGUCUGGUGACUCUUUCCAGCCCUCCCUGCUGUGCCCACAGCCCCAGGCCUUCGGGCAGUCUGUCUUGCAGGCGGACACGGACUGUGACCCCCUCAGCUCACUCCAGCCCUUGCUCUUCCCCCUGGACGCCAACUGCAACGGAGUGUUCCGGAAUCGCCCCAUCUCCCCGAGCGGCCUGCUAGACGCGAGCAUCAGUGAGGAGGUCAGGCAGGGCCAGGGCCUGGAGGAGGAGCGGGAGCCGCAGGAGCCCCUGUCCGGCGGCACAGGCCGGAGGCACACGCUGGCCGAGGUCUCCACCUGCUUCUCCCCGAGUGCCCCUCCGUGUAUCGUCGUCUCCUCCUCCGCCGCGAGCCCUUCGGAGGGCACCAGUUCCGACAGCUGCUUGACCUUCUCGGCCGGCGACGGCCCAGCGGGGCUCAGUGGACGCCUGGCCGCCCAGGGGCUGGUGGGCACCUGUUCCCCUCUCAGACUGGCCUCACCGCUCCUGGGGGCCCAGUCUGCCACCCCAGUGCUGCAGGCUCAGGGGGCCCCAGGAGGGGUCACUCUGCUCCCCAUCAGCUUCCAGGAAGGCCGGAGGGCGUCGGACACCUCGCUCACUCAAGGGCUGAAGGCCUUCCGGCAGCAGCUGAGGAAGAGCACGAGGGCCAAAGGGCUCCUGGGCCUGAACAAGAUCAAGGGGCUGGCUCGCCAGGUGUGCCCGCCCUCCUCCUCCAGCCGGGCCACGAGGGGCGGCCUGAGCGCCUUCCAGCUGCCUGCGCCGAGCCCGGGCCCGCACGGCGGCGGGGCCGGCAGCCGGGAGGGCCGGAGCCUGCUGGAAGAGGUCCUACACCAGCAGAGGUUGCUCCAGCUCCAGCACCACCCGGCGGGCCCGCCCGGCUGCCAGCAGGCCCCCCAGCCGCCCCCGGCCCCGCUGGUCCUCGCCCCGUGCGACGGCACGCUCCUUGUGUCGGGACUCCAGAAGGAGCUGGGGCUGGCGCCCGGCCCGCUGCUGCCGCCCCGCUUCCUGCAGGCGGGGGGCUCCCCGGUGGCGGCGGCGGCCCAGCUGCUGGACACCCACCUGCACAUCGGCAGCGCCACAGCCCCGCUGCCCGCCGCCACGCUGCCCCCGAGCUUUGUGGCCGCGGGGCUGCCGCAGGCGGACUGUGAGAUAGAGGACCUGACCUCGGGCCGGCUGGGCACCUUCGUGCUGGUGCAGUGAGGACCCCGCCUGCGGCUCGGGCCGGCCGGCCCUUCGAAGCAAUAAUUUCAGAGUAUGUGAAGACGUUUCCGGACUCGAAGCCAAUAAGUUUCUAGAAGCGAAACAAGCAAUACGUUUGGCGUUUUGGCGUUUUACUUUCUUCUCGGUUUUACUUUUUCCCUUGCACUGAGCAAUUGCAACUCUGAGCAGGGCCUGGAAACUUUCUGAAGAAAAAUAAUAAUUGAGGGGCGUGCCGGGGUGGGCGGACGGGAAGGGGAAGGAGGGCGGCGGGGCGAGAGGCGACAGGGCUCGGCUGGACUGGCCAGCGCCACUGCGGUCGGGGCGGCGGGAGGGGGCCACGGGGGCCACGCGGGGCUUGCCUCGGGAGAGACCGUGGCGCGGGCCGCGUGUCCAUCCGCGUGCGUGCGUGUGUGUUUGGUAGCCUUUUUUGUUUGUUUUGGUGAACGAUUCUCCACUCCCCGAAACAUUGACGCUUCAAAACGAGGACUGUGAACUUUCUACUUUUAUGUAUCAGUUUUUUUAAAAAGGCUCUGUUGGCCGGCCCAGGAGAAAAUAAUCUACGAAUUCCUGGAAUUCUCUACCCUGAAAUCAGAACCCCAAGGACGGUGUUUUCUUAUUUUAGAUGAGAACUUUUAUCAACUGCUCGAGGUCGGUUUCCAGGAUCCUUCAGAGGAGCCGUAGGAAGAGCCUAGAAGCCGUGGGUGACUGAGGUUGGGGCUCCGGCCCGGAUCACGUGGCUUCAGUCCCCCACGAGCCCCGGAGGGCCCCGGAGAGGUUUCUUCCUGCUGCCCAUCUUAUUUCCGCUGCUAAUUUAAGUUUUUAUGCAUUUCAUUAUCAGGGUCCAAAAUGAACAACUGACCAGGGCGGGGGGGGGGGGGGGGGUGUGCAAUACGGCCAGGCGUGGCCGUCGGGCAGGGGCAGGCGGAAAGCGGGGUCGCGGGUGCGCGGCCCCGCCCGCCUGCCGCCACCGGGCCGUGGCCCGUGGUAGCCCUGCCUCAUCCGGGCCGCACACGUCAGGCUUUCGUUCGAGAAUACCGCAGUGAGAGGUCAGAUCAGUGUUGUUCAAGCUUUGUUCCUUUUUUAAAGCAGAUACUGUCCAUGUAUAUAAACAGACAGAUAGACACUACUUAUUUUUUAUAUUUUUUACUACACUUCUGUGUUCCUGGUGUCACUUUUGCUCUCUGGUAACGUUAGCAAGCACCGGCACCAGGUCGGCGUGGAGGGGGGAGACGAGGCGCGUCCUCACCUGGCGGGUGAACUCGGGUCAGAAGCCACCCGACCCCCUCUGCACCAGUCAGUCCCCGUCCCUCGACCCGACCCAGGUGCCUUCAGCUCACUUUGGCUCUUACAACCUACAGUAUUAACAGGGGAGAGGAGGGCGCUGGGAGAAGCCGAGGACACCCCCCCCCCCCGCCGGGCUCCUAGAGGGCAGGGGGCCGGCCGCGAGCACGGGGGGCCGCGGCCCGCGUGUCCGCGCCUGCCAGGCUUCCUGCUACCGGCCACCGGCCCUGCCACGGCCGCUGCUGCUACCUCCCCGUGGCUGUCGCCGGAGAGUCGGGGAAGGCACUGUCCUCGCGCCUGGCCACAGAGAAAUCACCAAAGCCUCCUGCUGACUUGUGACGAGGGCCCCGGGGGCGUCCGGGCCUCCGGGUCCACAGAGGCGGCGCGGCCGACUCAGCCCGAGACCGGGGUCCCCUCGUUAGACUCCUUGCUGUCCUGACGCCCCAGAUCAAAGGCCUCGGAGCCGUGACAAGCACUUUACUUUCACGGAGGUUUUCUUUCCGGCUGUGAGUCGUGUCUCUGUCUUGUGUUUAGGUGUGUGCGACGUGCGUCCUGUACUUUCUCCACAGCGCCGGUGCGCAGACUGGCGGCCAUAGCCUGUGCGAAGGCGCCACGGCGCCCGAUUAAGGUGUACAAAGUUUGGUUGGUUUGGUUUUUUUUUUUUUUUACCGCAACGGAAUUAAUUAUUUUAUUUCUUAUGUUAACAUGAGAAAUGUAUGCCAAAUGAUUAGCGGGUGUAUGUUUUUUUAAUUUAAUAUUUAAAUAAAAUAUUUGGGGGAAGAACCUUG